AACCGGAACCGGAACUUACCUCUGAGUAAGGCGGCUCAGACCCGGAAGUGACUUUAACGUUGAGGAAACGUGAGGCGCCUGUGUGCAGCUGGUCUCAUUUCACUGAAAACAGUUGAAACGCUGAAACCUACUAAAACAUGAGUUUGUUAAACAAGCCCAAAUCUGAGAUGACCCCAGAGGAGCUCCAGAAGCGAGAGGAGGAAGAGUUUAACACCGGUCCACUUUCAGUGCUCACCCAGUCUGUGAAGAACAACACACAGGUUCUUAUCAACUGCCGCAACAAUAAGAAGCUGCUGGGCAGAGUCAAAGCGUUCGACAGGCAUUGUAACAUGGUUCUAGAGAAUGUCAAAGAAAUGUGGACGGAGGUGCCCAAGAGUGGCAAGGGCAAGAAGAAGUCAAAGCCAGUGAACAAGGAUCGAUACAUCUCAAAGAUGUUCCUGAGAGGCGAUUCAGUCAUCGUGGUGCUGAGGAACCCACUCAUCACUGGGAAAUAAACCUGACAUGUAACACGUCUGUUCAAGUACAGGUGAUCUCCUGGACACUCGUACACCAGCUCAGCUGUGAGCUCAACUCUCAUUGGCCGUGUUAAAGUGUUUGAGCAAAUUAAGUGCUUUGCACUCGAGGAACAGUACAUAUUUUUGAUUCGAAAUGUUUAGCAUCAUAAGAGAUUGUCUGGUCAAAGAAAAGAUACGAAGAAGAUGCCAUUUGAAACUUUUUUUUUUUUUUUGAAGUUGUAUAAAAAUUUGCUUUUUUUUUUCUAAAUAAACUUUUGGAUAUUCAAACCUUUAAA